AUGGCCUACCAAGGGUCUGGCGCGCGCGCGCAUUCGCCUGGCUACGAAGAGACUCGUUUGCAGGAUGUACCUCCUUUACAGUAUCGUGAAGACGAGGAUGCUUCGAGGGGACUGCUCUCACACCAGCAAGGUCCUUUUGCGACACCAUUUGAUGACCCUCACUCGCGCGGGCAAUCUCCCACCCGUGGGCACUCACCCAUGCGUCCCGCCUCGGGCUACAGCUUGACGGAAACCUACGCCACAGAUGCUGCGCCAACUUACCACGACCCCUACAGCACGGGCACUGUUUACUCAGGCCAGUCAGAGAAUCCCGCAGCCGCCUUUGGGGUUCCUGCUCGAACCGAAUCACCCUAUGCUCGCAGUGAGACUUCAUCAACUGAAGCCUGGCGCCAACGCCAAGCUCCCGGUGGAAAUGCCGGUGGAAAUUUGCGCCGUUAUGCGACACGUAAAGUGAAGCUCGUUCAGGGUUCCGUCCUGAGUGUCGAUUAUCCGGUCCCCAGUGCCAUCCAAAAUGCUAUCCAGGCCAAAUACCGCAACGAUCUUGAAGGUGGCAGCGAGGAGUUCACUCACAUGCGAUACACUGCCGCGACGUGCGAUCCGAACGAAUUCACUCUUCACAAUGGUUACAACCUGCGUCCGGCUAUGUAUAAUCGUCAUACUGAGCUGUUGAUUGCGAUUACCUACUACAACGAGGAUAAGACUUUGACUGCACGUACCCUGCACGGUGUGAUGCAGAAUAUCCGCGAUAUCGUCAACUUGAAGAAGUCCGAGUUCUGGAACAAAGGUGGGCCUGCUUGGCAAAAGAUUGUCGUGGCCCUCGUAUUCGAUGGAAUCGAUCCUUGCGAUAAGGAUGUCUUGGAUGUCCUUGCGACUGUCGGCAUUUAUCAAGAUGGUGUGAUGAAGCGUGAUGUCGAUGGGAAGGAGACCAUAGCCCAUAUUUUCGAAUAUACUACCCAGCUAUCCGUGACACCAAGUCAGCAGCUCAUUCGCCCCACAGAUGAUGGCCCUACGACACUUCCUCCGGUGCAGAUGAUGUUCUGUCUGAAACAGAAGAACAGCAAAAAGAUCAACUCUCAUCGUUGGCUCUUUAACGCGUUUGGUCGAAUCUUGAACCCUGAGAUUUGUAUCUUGCUUGAUGCAGGAACUAAGCCCGGCCCUAAAUCGUUGUUAUCACUCUGGGAAGCCUUCUACAAUGACAAAGACCUCGGAGGGGCAUGUGGUGAAAUCCACGCUAUGUUGGGCAAAGGUUGGCGCAACUUGGUCAAUCCACUGGUGGCCGCCCAGAACUUCGAAUACAAAAUCAGUAACAUUCUGGAUAAGCCUCUCGAAAGUUCAUUUGGCUACGUCAGUGUGUUGCCUGGUGCCUUCUCGGCCUAUCGAUUCCGUGCGAUCAUGGGUCGCCCUCUAGAGCAAUACUUCCACGGUGACCACACCUUGUCCAAGCAGCUGGGCAAGAAGGGUAUUGAGGGAAUGAACAUUUUCAAGAAGAACAUGUUCUUGGCUGAGGAUCGUAUCUUAUGUUUCGAGCUGGUCGCCAAGGCUGGCUCGAAAUGGCACCUGUCUUACGUCAAAGCUUCCAAGGCUGAGACAGACGUGCCGGAAGGUGCGGCCGAGUUUAUCUCGCAGCGCCGACGUUGGUUGAACGGUUCAUUUGCAGCUGGUAUCUACUCGCUGAUGCACUUUGGCCGUAUGUACAAGAGUGGCCACAACCUGAUUCGCAUGUUCUUCCUGCACAUUCAGAUGCUCUACAAUAUCUUCAACACCAUCCUCACCUGGUUCUCGCUGGCUUCAUACUGGCUGACCACAACUGUCAUCAUCGAUCUGGUCGGCACUCCCAGUGCAAGCAACAAAGAGACCGCAUUCCCAUUCGGCAAAGAAGCUACACCUAUCGUCAAUACCAUUGUCAAGUACAUGUACUUGGGUUUCCUGCUCUUGCAAUUCAUCCUUGCGCUCGGUAAUCGCCCCAAGGGCUCCAAGUUCUCAUACUUGGCAUCAUUUGUCGCGUUUGGUAUCAUUCAACUCUACAUUGUCAUCGAUUCACUAUACCUGGUCAUUCGUGCCUUCGGCGGAGGUGCACCAAUGGAUUUUGUGACCAAUGAGGGAGUGGGUGCCUUCCUCAAGUCUUUCUUUGGUUCCUCCGGUGCUGGUAUUAUCAUCAUCGCUCUGGCUGCUACCUUCGGUCUCUACUUCGUGGCAUCAUUCAUGUACGCUGACCCGUGGCACAUGUUCACCUCUUUUCCCCAAUACAUCGUGCUUCAGUCAUCCUACAUCAACAUUCUCAAUGUGUAUGCCUUCAGCAAUUGGCACGAUGUAUCCUGGGGCACCAAGGGAUCUGACAAGGCCGAUGCCUUACCUUCCGCCAAGACGACCAAGGACGAAGGCAGUAAAGAUGCAGUCAUUGAGGAAAUUGAUAAGCCCCAGGCCGAUAUUGACAGUCAGUUCGAGGCUACCGUGAAACGUGCCCUCACUCCCUAUGUUGCCCCUCAUGAAGACGAUGAGAAAUCCCUCGAAGACUCCUACAAGAGUUUCCGUACCCGGCUUGUGACCUUCUGGAUCUUCAGUAAUGGUUUCCUCGCCGUUUGUAUCACCAGUGAAGCGGUAGACAAGUUUGGAUUUACGAACACUGCCACCACCCGGACAUCCCGCUUCUUCCAAGCCUUGUUAUGGUCCAACGCAGUAAUGGCUCUCUUCCGAUUCACCGGAGCUUGUUGGUUCUUGGGCCGCACCGGCAUCAAGUGCUGUUUCGCUCGUCGUUAG